AUGGAAGAGUGUCGAUUCGAAGGAUUUACCAGUGGGAACGAUAUAGUCACGAAACAUGCAGACCGUUGGCGCAAACUAAGCUUUGGUGUGGCCGUUCUUGACCACUUGACGAAUGGAGGCAUUCCAAUGCGAGGGAUAUUCGAGUUGGCUGGAGAUCCAGGCUCCGGUAAGACACAGAUAGCACUAAAAAUAGCGCUAGAAGCCCAGCGCCAAGCUCCGAAUCAUUCCGUGGUAUACAUUUGCACCGAGCACAUGUUUCCCUCCAAAAGGCUGAUGCAGAUGGAAAUGGAAUGUAAGCGAUCGAAUGCGAACGAUCAACUGGUGCAGCUUCGCAAUUUUGCAGACCAUAUUCUCGUAGAACACAUACGCUGUGUGACUACCUUGACGGCCUGUUUGUACGAUCGGUUGCCGAAACUAUUGCAGAAAACGCCUAUCAGUAUUCUCAUAAUCGAUUCAAUUACGAAUCCGUUUUUGGAGGAGAAAGAUUACGUUUCUCGUGCGGGUACAUUCCGCACGAUAGUGCAUCGUUUGCAGCAAUUGCAGGAGCGAUACAACUUUGCACUAUUCGUCACGAACCAGGUACGAUCGGUGAUCGAUUCGGCAACGCUUGAAGAUGAACGCAUCAUUCCUGCGCUUGGGCUAGCGUGGGGCUCUCUGGUGCACACAAGGUUGCAGCUCUUUCGAAUAGCAAACUCCAACGAAAGGCGAUGUUCGGUGGUGUUCGGUCCUUCGUUGAUCCCCACGUACGGAUAUUUUGGAAUUGACGCGUCUGGUCCGAUUGACUUAAAGGAAUAG